AUGGUAUGGGAACUGGCGGGCCGCCGCGUCGACUACCGCUAUCUGUGCCCCCCCUACGGUGGAUACUUCAACAAUGAGAACAAUCUGCGGAUGGCAGGUGCAGCUCUGGAGCUGAUUUCCACAAGAUCAAUCGGCUCGCUUGCCGCUGCUAUCAGCAUCGUAAAUACAUUGGCCAAGAUGGGAUUACUUCUAUCGGAGCUGUGCGAAGUGUCUUACGAAGCUCUCGGGCUUGUUUUAGCGUGCUGA